AUGUCCAACCCGAACAACUCGAGCGAGGAGGCUGGCAACCAGCCCGGCGGCAUCAUCGCCAAGGGCCUCGACCCGGUCGGCAAGGGGCUGGGCGCGGUGCUGUCGCCCGUGGGCGCCGUCGUGGGCACGGUGACGAAGCCGGUGACGGGCACCGUCGGCGGCAUCACCAAGCCGGUCCUGGACCCGGUCACGGGCGAGAAGGACGACCGCGCGCAGGUGCUGGGCGGCAACAAGCGCGCCGAGGAUUUCGGAAAGCAGGCACAGAAGGACAAGGAGCGCUUCGGCGGCAAGGAGCAGACGGGGGAUAAUCCGCUGGGGUUGUGA